CUGUCUCUGUAUGUGUGCGCCUCUCUUCCCUGGUUCACGCGUCGUUCGUGUGUCCCACAGGCGAGAGACUACUAUGAAUCGACCGAGAUCACCCGGAAUACCAGGCAACGAGGUCAUCCUUUGUAAUGACUACGUAUUGACUUUAAAAAUCGAGGAACGAUUAAAUCAUCUUGAAAAUAUCCUAUUAAGAAGGCAAAGUAGCGACAUGUCGUUGAACGAAAUGACUCAAGAUGAUAAUGGAAAGAAAAAUGAAAUCGAGAUGUUACAGGAGAUCCGAUUUAUCAGCGGAGGAAAAUACGAGGGAACAUGGAACGCGAUUGACAAGGAAAGCAUUGGGAGAUACGUGACGUCUAACAAAGUUAUAUUGGAGGGAAAAUUUCAAGAUGGUAUGCUUCAUGGCCGUGGAAGUAUCUAUUGGCCACGUGGGCAAGUAAUGGACGGUACUUGGAACCGCGGGAAAAUGGAAAAGAAACGUUAUACAUUCGCGGACGGUUUAACAUAUCAGGAAGAUAAUUGGACUUAUUGUACAUUUCCUGAUAGACGGUUUUAUAAGUGCAUAGUAAAUGGGUUGAGACCAGCCAGAAAAGUACUACGAACCAAUGAGCAACCAACUAAAAUUAUUCCUCCGUUUUGCUAUGAUACCGGUAUCGGGAUCUUCGAUCCUGGCAAAGAAUGCGUAUUAUCGUAUCGCAAUUGCAAAAAAGUACUCCAUAUUCCAACAAUGGCAGAAAGCGUGUGGAUAAAAGAACAUUGUCGGAAAGGUUGGUCAGCGCCAAUUGGUCACAAAGCGUGGUUAUACGAAUACUUUCAAUCGGGAGCAGCGGAUUUUGCAUCGUUACCGCAAGUCCCGCCGGAGGAUAACACGAAAAAUUGGUGGCGAAGGUCUGAUCGCGAUAUAAUACGAUUUAAGUUAACAAUCUAUUGGAUCAUUCUCUUUUGUGCUACAGUUGUGUAUUUGAUGGCAAAAGUGCUUAAUGGAAAUAAUCAUAUUGUUUAAGGUUGACAAGAUUCACUAGGCAUUCGCCCGCUAAC